CGGACACCAACAGCGGAAUUCGAGGUCAAGCACAUGGUCAUCUUCUCAUGCAGGUGGUGGAGGACGGUAUCACUAUCAGCAGGAUAACAACUCCAUCAUCAAGAAUACGAAUACCCCAACCGGAACCGAUCUGAGCCCCAGCGAUGGAAUUGACAAUCCAAAUCUGCUGCACCGCUUUUGUGGUGUGGACGGCUGUCCCUUGCGCCGCCACGCCUUGCACGACUUCUGCCCACCCGCAGAUGACUCGAACUACUGCGAGAAUUGCUUGAGGGAAGCGCCCCUGCUCGCGGCGAGUCAAG